AUGGCUACAUUCAACAAAUUUUGUGUCAUAGUAGUUCUUACAAUUAGCCUUACUUUAAUGGUGAAAAGAGGAGUUUCAAGAGAGAUGAUUUGGGAAGCAAAUGAUGCAGCAAGGCCAUUGUCAUCAUACGAACAAUAUUUACAAAACUGUGCUGCUAAGUUGUACCCAGAUUGUGGUGUUAAUAUUUUCUCAGCUAUAUUUUUUGGUAACGACACCGUUACUUGUGAAUGCUGUGACAAGCUUGUGAAUGAUGUAGGAAAACAAUGCCACGAUGAUAUGACAAAAUACAUUUUGCAAAGGCCAGAUUAUAGGACAAAGAAGAAUCAGAUCCUUUGUAAAAGUGAUAGUGUUUGGAAUGAUUGUGUUUCUCUCGAAAGCCCUGCGCUUGAACCCGUUGCUGCAACCUUUACUGAUUCCGUUGCUCAUCAAUCACACUUAUUCAUGUGA